UAUUAUUUCUUGGCCCCGGAGAGUAUUCGCCAUGUUUAUUAUGUUUAAUUUUAAAAACUGAUAAAUAAUUAAGCCAUUUUAGAAUCAAAAUGAAUAGUUUACACGGAUAUGAGGAUGAGGACAUUCACAUAUGUGGUCUUUGUCAUGCCCAGUUCAGUGAUGUGGAAUUGUUUAUACAACAUAAGAAACACAAGUGCCCCGUUAGAUUAGCAAGGCAGCAGGAGACAGGUGAUGUCAGAAAGUCCCAGAUGUUACCUUCAGUGACAACUUCUAUCCAGAAUGAUCAUUUUACACAGUCACUUCUUCCUGUCAUUGACAAUACAGCAGUCCAGGGUUCAGUGGAGGACAAAAUGGCAGUUCAGCUGAGUCAGGAUGGAACAACACUUGGGUAUUUUCCUGUAACUCAUCAAUCUGGGCAAGAUACAGGUACACUUACACAGCACCAGUAUGUUAUACUACCUGGCCAACAGGAUGAAGACCCCAGUCUUUGCAUUCAGCCUGAUUCACAAGUUUACUCAAUCCCUGAAACAGUAUAUACACUUAACUCACAUUCACUUCAGCAGUCUACUGAACAAUUAUCAAGUUCCAUCCAAGAUACAGUCAAUUUUAAAACAGGGUUGCAGCUUGGAGAACCAGUCAAUUACAGGAAAACUAGCAAUGAUGAUGAACCAGUAACAUAUACAACCAGUGAAUUUCAGGAACCAGACAACCAAAUAAUUACUGAAGAGUCAGACUGUGUUACAACUGAUAACUCACAGGAACUAGCAUGCUACAGCUCUACAGAUGAAAACAUACAACCAGUCAAUUAUUCUAAAAAUAACUUAUCACAAACUGAAAAUGGCAUGAUAAAUUUGUUACAGAAUGAACAACCAGUUGUUAUACAUAAUUUGAAUAAUCUUAACUUACAACAGACUGAGACACCAAUUAACUCUAUAAAUGAAGCUAGUCAGUCACAACCUAAAGUAAUGGAGAGCCAGUCUAUGCUGAGAGAGCAUUUGAUAAGCUCAAAUGACAAGUCUCUACUGAAAGUAGGUGGAAACACUAGACCAGUCACAUUGGUUAAAAAUAUGCAUGGAGAACAGCCGAAGACUAAAACAGUGAUAAAAACUAUGGUUGUGAAGAAAAGAAGUGCCCCUAAAGUUCAAGAUAAUAUAUCCAAAUUUCAGUACACCAUCAAUGAUAUUGCUGAAGCUCCUAAACCACCUCCAGCCAAGAAAGCAAGUAAAGCACCACUGGAGAAAAAGUAUAAAUGUAAAUUUGAAAACUGUUCAUAUAAAACAGCAUACCUGAAGGAUUUAGAACGACACAGUAGAAUCCACACUGGUGAUAAACCAUACAAAUGUACACAUUGUUCAAAGGCAUUCUCGCGCACAGAUAAACUUACCUUACAUAUGAGGUACCACAUGGAUGACCGGGUGUUUAAAUGUAACCUAUGUAACUACAGUGCUGUUGAGAAUGGUAGCUUAAAGAAACAUAUGAGAAUGCAUCUUGAUGAAAGACCAUAUGGUUGUCAGGUGUGUCCUUACAAGUCAAGGUCAUCAAGCCAGUUACAGAUACACCUGCGAACACAUACAGGAGACAAACCAUACUGCUGUAAAAUGUGUGAUGCUGUGUUUAAAGUAAGCUCUGACCUACAUCGCCAUAUACGGGUACAUACUGGUGAAAAACCAUUCAAAUGUCAGUACGACACAUGCUCAUACCGCUGUGCUGUCAAAAGUAAUCUCAAAAGUCAUUAUCAAACACAUCACAGUCAAAUCACUGAACAUAAAUGUACUGAAUGUGACUUUAAGACUUCCAGCAGAAAAGCUUUAUUUGAACAUAAGAAGAUUCAUGAUUCGAAUCCAGAACUGACCUGUAAAACUUGUGGUUACCAAUGUUCUAAUAAAAGUGCAUUACGCAAUCAUGUGCGUAUACACGGGGCAGAGGAACCGUUUAAGUGUACAUAUUGUGACUAUAAAUCUGUGCAGCUUGGUAACGUUCAGGCACACAUGCAUCGUAAACAUCCGAACAGAGUAACAAGGAGAUUAUCAAGAAAGAAAUGGAAGAAAGGAAAUGUUUCCUUAACUUUACCAAUAAAGAUUAAAGAAAUACUGACAGACGAUGAUAGUUCUGCUAAAGGAAAAAUCCAGCCAAAAUGUCAGCAGAAUUUUAAAUGUGGACGAUGCCCGUCUGCUUUUGUGAGAGAAGAUUCAUUAAAGUGUCACUUAAGACAGCAUGAUGAUGCAAGCCUGUCAACAGCAUAUGCUGUCCUCAAGUUACAGCAGCCAGUCAUAAAUACAUCAGCUGGUAUCAUCCCUACAUCUGAUUCUGUCUCGUCUAGUUCUAAUCAAGCUGAUAAAAAUGUUCCUGGAGAUGUUGAUACAAGAAGCAAUGUUUUAUCCAGAAAGUCUGAGAACAAUAUUGGCCAAGUGCAGAGUAGUAGAGAUAAAAUAUCUCAAGGUGAAGGUUUUAUUGGGCAAGGUCAAAUGCUACCAAAUCAAGCAGUGACCUUGGGAAUUAAUGAUAUUUUAAUGGCUGCAGGUAUGGCAGGAUUAAAUUCCGCUGGAAACUCACCAACUUCUAAACAGCCCAGUGAAACAAUACAAGAUUUAUCAGUAAAUGGCAAUAUUGAUCAAACUGUUACUCUUAAUUCCAGUGCUGCAUUUCAAAGCACUGGGAAUAUGGGGCUUCCGAGUACCAUUGUAGGACAGUCAGCACAAGAUGUCCCAUCAGUUCAAGUGAUGCAAAACAUUUCAUUACCAUACAUAAGAUUACCAAAUGGACAAGUUUUAAUAUUGACUGGUCAAACCUCAAUGAAUCAAAUUAUCACUCAACCAGAUGGACCUGUCCAAAGUGACUGUGGAUUGGUACCUGGGACUAUAGAACUUCAGUCUCAGUUAUUAACCCAACCUACUGGUUCCCAGCAACAUCAGAUAGUGCAGUGUGCAGCUGAUUCCACAGUUUCUACUCCACCACCCCAGAUUUCAGGGCCGCAACAAGGUGCUGUUUUAACCCAGCCAGGUGCUAUACCUUCACAAGACAGUGCUUUAACACAACAAGGUGCUAUACCAAUACAAAUUAUUCUUCCUAGUGACUCCCAGCAAGCAGUUCCCCUUGUAUCUCAGCUUCUCAACAGUGUAAUGAAUAGGACAGCUAAUGAUAGUGAUGGGCAGAAUCAAGGUUCUGUCUUAGUGCAGGGUGUCAAUCCAUCAUCUGGGACAGAAAAUGUUCAGAAUUUUGUACUUCAGAUACCUUCACAGUCUGGUAUAUCCAGGGAUGCUUCUGGAAGUAUCGGUGAAAGUCAAAGCUUUGUUUUACAAAUACCAGGUGCAUCUAGUUUUAACUGAAAAUUAUGCAUUCACAUUAAUUAUAGGCUUUUUAGCUAAGAACAAAGAACAGUAUUUGACAUAUUUAAUCAAAUUUGUUUAAACUAUACUGGUUGGGGACCACCUAAACCGGACAACCACCAAACCCGGACAGCCCAUAAAAUGCUUAAUUUAGUAUUUUCUUUGUAAAGCGGUUGUCAGUCACUUUUUUAUCAACAAUAAAUGCAUGUUUCUUCUAUAAUUAAGUAAUUAAUUUUAUUUCAACCUCCUUAAAUGGUAAUAUUUCAAUGUCCAUUUCAAAAAUGUUGACGUUGAAAUUUGGGGGUCAAGAAAGCAACGCAUGGCCUCAUAUAUAUACCAGCUAUAAUCUUUUGCGAGUAAACAAUAGAAAAUCCAAAAACUUUAGCAUUUGCUGCUGAAAUAUUGUUUAUCAUGUUGAAAAUCACAAAUCAAAACACCCAACUUUUAUCUAAAUUAAAUCAUGUCAUGUACAUAUCUGUCCGGACACAUGGUACUGUAGUGUAGACAAUUUAGGUAAUUUUGAUACCCUCCCUGUAAGCCUCAUAUAUAAGUGUCAAUGCAAUUAGAAAUAAACAAACUAGUUUGUUAGUUAGGACAAGAACCUAGCUGAACUGUGUCAAAUUUUUAGGUCUCUUAUGAUGUUAAAAAUUAUAAAAUCUGUAUGAAAGAAUGUUCAAAAAGUGUCCGGUUGAUGGACCCCAACCAGUAAUUUGAUUGUAUUUGGAAAAAGCAAACUUCUUAAUAUAUAAAAUCUUUUACCUUGGCAAUUAGAUUCUACCAUACUGACUGAAUUAAUUAGGUCUUUUUCUUUAAAUAAAAAUUACAAUUUAUUUAAAUAUAUGUUGUAGGCCAGUUCAAUAUGUAUUGUAUUUACCGGUAGUCAUGAAAUUGAAAAAAAACAAUUGAUAAUAUGUAAAAUAUUGAUAUUGCUUCAUUUGUUGUUGCUUUCCUUACAUGAACAUACAUCCUUUAUUGGUAUUCAUGUGAAUGUUAUUUGUUGUUUGUGAAAAACUGUUAAAUAAAAAUAAAAUUAUUUUGUUCA